AGCCCUUUCUCUCCCCCACCUCGAUUCUUCUCUGUCUGUAGGGUUUGUUGUUCUUUCUUCAUCCUUUUAGCCCUUCUUGUAUUUCCUUGCAGCAAGAUCAUCUUUCUCACCCUCUUUUUCUUUCUUCCUUCAAAUUCAGACCCCCGAUUUCAACUCCACUUCUUAUUUCGACUUCAACUAUAUCCACCAUUGAAUUCCCGUCAAUUCGCCGCCUUCCACUUCUCUUUCUUCUCCAGAAUCGCCCACUUCAUGGGAUUCAGUCCGUCGUAGUUAUCAUCGAUCGAUCUGUCUUACCCAUUCUUUUUUUCUUUCUGAUUAGUUAGAUCAAGCGAUUCUUCAUCUCAUGUUAAUCCUGGCUCUUAAUGGACGGUAAAAUGAUAUAUUAAAGGUGAGGUUUUGCAUUUCUUUAGUCUCCGGAGUUUUAUUCCGAAACUAGAUUCAAGGAUUUGCAUGUGUUUCUUAAAAGCUAUGUAGCCGUUUGAUCAUUUCAGAUAUAACGUUUGAUCUGCGUUUAGGAACUACUAGAAUGGAUUUCGAUAUAUAUUUUGAUUGACCAUCCAUCUAUAUAUAGUUGUUGCUGUUUGAUUGUUUAUAGUCCAGAUCUGAACCUCGAAUGGACUCAUCAAAAUGGCAGCAUGUAUCGCGGCUUAUACGCAGAACCAAGUUGAAUUCAAUUACUUGCAAAUGUGUUGGUCUGAUAGUAUUUGGGUUAUUAGUGAGAGCUCUUUUUAUGUCCUCUUUCACUGGCCUUGAUUGGAAUGUUAUUAGUAAGAGCUUAUUGAAUGAAUCGUCUGGUGGAAUCGAUAGAAUCAAGUUCUUGGAGGUUCCUCAAAUAGCAUGGGGAUUAAACAAUCAGAAGAUUGCUUUUGUAAGAGCUUGCCUUACUGCAAGAAUGUUGAAUCGAACUCUUCUUAUGCCUAGUUUAAGUGCUUCUCUGUUUUACAAGGAAGUGGAUCUUUUACAGCCUAUUCCAUUCGACAAAGUGUUUGAUUUCGAUAGGUUUAAUUCACUCUGUGAGGGUUUUGUUCAAUUGUCUCGCUUCCCUAACCGAACAAUGAAUGUAACCGAGCUUCACAAAGGGAGUGGGAGAAAAUGGACUGUUGAGAAAGAUUUGGAUCAAUUGAGGCAGUUUAGUAAAGAACCUUACGACAGCCAUGAUGUGGUUAGGAUUGUUGGGAAGAAUCCAUUUCUUUGGCAUGACCAUUGGGCGGUUAAAGACUAUGCGAAGGUCUUUCAGUGCUUAUUCUUUGUGGAGGAGAUAUCGAAAGAAGCUGAUAGUGUUGUGUCGAAAAUCAGAGAGAUGGGAAGAGGGUCACUUGAGACUGGUCUAGUUCCUUAUGUGGCUGUUCAUAUGAGAAUAGAGAAAGACUGGAUGAUUCACUGUAAGAAACUAGAACAGAGAUCUAAUAUAACUGAAAUUUGCAGCAGCAAAGAGGAGAUUAUGGAGAGAGUUAGCAACAUUGCAGGCCUGAAAGCUCCAGUAGUAAUUUACCUCGCAAUUGCUGAUAGCCUUCUCGAAGAUAAAUCAAUUUUGAAUGGUUGGAAAAAAGGUCUGAUUCCUUUUGAAAAGAAGAAAUUGGGAGUUCUGGAGAUUUACAAGAACAAGCCAUAUCUCAUCCAGUCAGCAAUUGACUAUGAAGUUUGCUCGAGGGCUGAUGUAUUUGUGGGGAAUAGUUUUUCUACAUUUUCAAGUCUUAUAGUCCUCGAGAGAACCUUGAAAAUGAUGAAGAUGGGUGUGACAAGUUCGUGUGAAUCGAAUGUAAGAUGGCCUUCUUAUGCUUAUAACAUUCGCGGAGAAUCUAAUGGCCCUCAUGUAUGGAUGACAAAUAUGUCAGCCUCCAGCUUACAGGCUAUUAGUUACGGUUCAAAUCACAUUUCUUGCAGAUCCAUACCGUUGUGAAUAUGGUAAAUCUUUGUCUCUUGCUUCUCAAACAUGUAUACGGAUCAUCCAUAGAAAUUUGUUUUUGUAUUUCCAUGAUUCUUUAUUGAAAGAACAGUUAGUCACAUGAUAGGUAUAUUUUUUGUAAUUCUGAAAUUCACACUCAUAUUUAAUUCUAAGGUUGUAUUCAUUGU